AUGCAAAUGAGUGCUCCCCAGUACCUCUGCCACCAGUAUUCUUGUCCCCACAGUGAGCCACAGUUUUCCCCUACCUCCCCAGAAGACCCUCCAAGACCAGCAGGCCAGCCCGGGCGGCGACCAGCGCGGCGCCGUGAAAGGCGAGCGAGGCGGCUGCCCGGCCGGCUGUCGGCGCGCACCCGCUCCCGGCCCAGCCCCGUCCGGCGCGGAGGCCGCUGCCUGCCCCGCGGGGCCAGACGCCAGCGCUCCGGGCAGCAGCUCCGGGCCCGGCCCGCGCGUGCGCCGGGGAGCCGCGCGCCCCCGUCCCCGGCGGGGCCCGGGAACCCGCUGGAGUCCAGCGAGGUGGCAGUCAUCGGCUUCUUCAAGGAUGUGGAGUCGGACCCCGCCAAGCAGUUCUUGCUGGCAGCAGAGGCCAUUGAUGACAUCCCCUUCGGGAUUACAUCUGACAGUGACGUGUUCACCAAAUACCAGCUGGACAAGGACGGGGUUGUCCUCUUUAAGAAGUGUGUCCCAGCAGAGUUUGAUGAAGGCCGGAACAACUUUGAGGGGGAGGUAACCAAGGAGAAGCUUCUGGACUUCAUCAAGCACAACCAGCUGCCCCUGGUCAUCGAGUUCACUGAGCAGACAGCCCCAAAGAUCUUCGGAGGGGAAAUCAAGACUCACAUCCUGCUGUUCCUGCCAAAGAGCGUGUCUGACUACGAGGGCAAGCUGAGCAACUUCAAAAAAGCUGCCGAGAGCUUCAAGGGCAAGAUCCUGUUUAUCUUCAUCGACAGCGACCACACUGACAACCAGCGCAUCCUGGAGUUCUUCGGCCUGAAGAAGGAUUGCCCAGCCGUGCGCCUCAUCACGCUGGAGGAGGAGAUGACCAAGUACAAGCCAGAGUCAGACGAGCUGACGGCGGAGAAGAUCACCGAGUUCUGCCACCGCUUCCUGGAGGGCAAGAUCAAGCCCCACCUGAUGAGCCAGGAGCUGCCUGAUGACUGGGACAAGCAGCCUGUCAAAGUGCUGGUCGGGAAGAACUUCGAAGAGGUCGCUUUUGAUGAGAAAAAGAACGUCUUUGUGGAGUUCUACGCCCCGUGGUGUGGUCACUGCAAGCAGCUGGCCCCCAUCUGGGAUAAGCUGGGAGAGACGUACAAGGACCACGAGAACAUCGUCAUUGCCAAGAUGGACUCCACGGCCAACGAGGUGGAGGCGGUGAAAGUGCACAGCUUCCCCACGCUCAAGUUCUUCCCCGCCAGCGCCGACCGGACGGUCAUCGACUACAACGGGGAGCAGACGCUGGACGGUUUUAAGAAGUUCCUGGAGAGCGGCGGCCAGGACGGGGCUGGGGGUGAUGACGACCUAGAAGAUCUUGAAGAAGCAGAGGAGCCUGAUCUGGAGGAAGACGAUGACCAGAAGGCUGUGAAAGAUGAACUGUGAUGCAGAAAGCCAGGCCUGGGCUCCCAGACCCGGCCCCGCAGUGGCUGCACCCCCAGCAGCACAGCCUCGGGAUGCCCGCAGACCCUCCCGGAGAGGGAGCGUCGAUUGGAAAUGCAGGGAACUUUUCUGAAGCCACACUUCACUCUAACACACGUGUAAAUCUAAACCCGUCUUCCUUUGCUUUUCAACUUUUGGAAAGGGGUUUAUUUCCAGGCCAGCCCAGCCCAUCUUGGUGGGCCUUUUUGUUUUUUGUUUUUGUUUUUUUUUUUUAAUUGUGGUGUACUUUUUUGUACAUGGUUUUGUCCAGAGUGCUCGCUAAAAUGUUUUGGA